AUGGCCACCCUCGUCGCCUCGUCGUCGUCCGGCUCGGCUCCGCCGACCGCCGCCGCUUCGACGCCGACAGGGAGUGGCUCCUCGCAGUCUAGCCCAUCGUCGCCCUCCGCGAAGACGCCUCAUAUGGCCGUACAUUUUCCAGAAAAUACCCGAGUCGACGGUAUCACAUCGGAGCAGGAGGUGGUCGAUUUUCUGCGGGAACAUUUGAUUGCAAAUGAACCCAUCCUAUCAAGCCUUCGCAUUUCGAAUACGAAAGAGCUUACCACAUUGCUCACGGAUAUUGUCCGUGACUGUAUAUCAUGUCCAGCAUCGAAGAUACUCCGAGAUACGAAAACACAAGCGGUGUUGGGGGUGUGCUUGGCCAGCCGAGCUGCUCUUUUUGAGAAGCAGAUGGAUCGUCUGUUUCGUUAUGAGUUUUCCGAUGUAAAAUUGCACAUCGCUAUCGAAUUCUUCAAAUCCGUGUUCAAUCGUGCUGAUGUCACUUAUCAUUUAGAAGAGAAUCAAGUCACAAAGCCUGUAUUUGUAGCGAUAAUUGCGGUACAUCCUGAUCAUUGGAACAAAGGCAUUGGCUCUGGAUUACUGGAGAUAUGUCUUUCUUCUGCUCGAGAAGACCACUGCGAUGGCGCUCUUGCUCUGUGCAGCAGCAGUCGAGCCAGUCGGCUUAUGUCCAAAACGUUCAAAAAUGUGGUUUGCCGAACACGGUACUGCGAUUAUCGCGGCGAAUACAGAGAUCCUCCCAUCGCACCACCAGCUCCGGACUCCGCUUUGCACGUUCUUCUCACGAAACUUUGAAAUUUACUUGACUUCCACUUUGGGCAUGUAUAAUACAAAAUACUGUGAAAAGUGAUACCCCCCCCCUCCUUCGGUGUGGUAAAAGAUCGUUGGUUGUUCGAAUUAUUACUGUAUUUCUGCGUGCCUCAAUAUGUCGCCAAGAAGUCACAAGCAGUGGGCUCUAAAACACGAAUAUGUCUACUGAUUACACAAUUUGGAAUGCGUACUAAUUAUUUCCACAAAGCUGACAAUCAAUCAACUGUUGCACUCGCCUCUGUUCCGCUUCUUCCCACGCCCUCUUCUCCUUUUCCACUCUCAUUGCACCAUAUCUGCAUAUCCAUUUAGUGUAAAUAAAUGCCUUCUGAACAGAUUCUUCAACCUUUGAAUGGGAUGAUUUUGUAAUAUCAGACUUUAUUGAGAGUCACUUAUGUAGAUUU